AUGGUCUGCACAAUUAUUUUACGAGCGGAGAGUAUCAGCAGUGUCAUUAGGGGAACGGAGUUCGAAGAAAAACAACGGGUAGUCCAUAGAAUACUUGAUUCGCGAUAUUGGAUUGUCAAAAAUAACAUCGGCGCAAACAUCAUAGCUCAGCAGGAGAUAUAUAACGGUAAACAAAUAACAAAGUUUACAGACUUCACGAAUGAUGGCACGCUAAAAGUGACGGACGCCGUUAAAAACCGUAAGAUUUGGUACAAAUUAUCAGGUGUGAUGUAUACGGCAAUCGGGUGCAAACUCGGUGAUAUACUCAAGCAUUUAUUCGGUAAGGCAACAAAAGUAACUAUAGUAAAUGCUCCAAUUGAUGAAAUUAAUAAUACCGUGUUGAAAAUUAUAUCAGUACUACUCGAAAUGACAUCUAUAGUACCGAAUUUGAUUUAUCAAGAGCCAGGGGGUUUUAUGACAGUAGCGUUAUCGUUAAAUAUAUACCUGAACAGAUUAAUUCGUGUCAAAAAAGAACCAAUUAGAUUAGGGAAGUUCAAUGUAAGGCGUGCGGAUCAUGUAUAUAAACGAAUUAUCGCAGCACAGUUAAAUACAAUUGAACGUUUCACUAUUAUCAAUUGCUCCUUAGACGACUACAAUAGUGGUGGCAAUGAAGACGAAGAGAAUAUAUCGAACGAAAACAAGAGGAAAGAAAUAAUAAAUAUAUUAGGAGAAGUAGACAAUAUACUCUACUGGACUGGUUGUCCGACAAACGGAAUUUCCGAUUUAUCGUAUUCAACUCACAGUCCGCAUGCACAUUUUAAUGUCAUAAUUAUUCAAAUAAUCAAAAAAUUACGACCCAUAAUGAAUAUCGAUGAGUCGUUAGAGGACAAAAUCGUAAAAGAGUCAAACGAAAUCAGUGAUAUACUGUUGUAUAUGGAUUUUAUACUUGAUUCGAUAAUGAGAAUCGUUUACCAAUCUACUUUGAACAUUUUAAAAAUAGUUGAAGAUUACCAAAAAAUCGGGACUGAAAUGCACAAAAAAAAAUUAGAGUCUACGAUCAACAUCUGGACUAACAUAAAUGUAACAAUGAUUUACGAUGAGUUGUCUUUACUUAUAACGUCCCUGAAUUUUUCAAUGUCUGUUGUUUAUCAUAUCGAUUUACUAUCGCGAAUAGUGAGAAACAUUAUUGAUUUGAAGGACGUGUAUGAUUUGAAGUUAUUAAAAAAGCAAAUUGAAGAAAACUUAAACGCCAUUUAUGUUAAAAAAUAUCCCGCCGGUCUGAUGUUGAUGUCUAGCAUAAAUCAGUACGAAAUUAAUUUGCAUGAGUUUUUAAUUAAAAUAUUGUCUAUAGACGAAUUUAAUUAUUUCAAUCGUCUUUUGAAACUAUUGCAACCAUACCAUAAUGUAAAAUACAAUGAUAUGUUCGAAACGAAAUUAAACGAAAUGAAGUAUUCCGUCGUUUAUAGUACGAGCAGUAAGGUUGAGGGGUUCUGUAAAUCGAUCACAUUGAUGUACGUUGAUUUUUAUACUAUUCAUACAAAAAUAAAAGAAUGCCAUAAGAAUAAAAGUUGUCUACAACAAUUUAUCGGGAUAUUCUCCGGCAUUUUGGACACAUUUAUGGAUAUGUGGCGAGUAAUUAAAAAUUCUGAGAAUUAUGAAAACGAUAAUCACAAAAUAAUUAUUUCCUACGCGAUUCAGUUUUUACGAAAUAACUUAUCGAAUUAUGUCGCCGAAGAUGGAGGGGAAAAGCUUCAACGAAUAGAGUACCUUAUUACAAACCUUUUUGAUAAAUAUAUAAUUUAUAACUGUAUAAACCCGUUAACCCGAAGUGAUCUACAUCAAUCAUACAAACAAACGAAAACCUAUAGUUCCAAUCGAAAAAUUUUAGAAAUUAAAUCGGAGACUGAUUCUAAUAUUCCAGUAUUAUCUUCUACCAAUAAGAAGUCUACCAAAAAAAAAAAUUUGCGAGGUCUCUUGCAGAAACGUAACCGCAAAGAUGAAAAAUCCAAUGAAGGUGUAAGACCUGUAGUUGUAAGCCCAGAAAAACUCAUAAUUAUGUCGAUCGAUGGGUAUGUAAAAGAAAUGAGUGAGACCGCUGAAAGUUUUUUUUUUUUCUGGAAAGGGAAUAAAAUGACAAUCAUCGAAAUAUUUGAUGACAUUAACGAAAAGAACAUGUUUCAUUUGUCUUUUUUCGUUAAUUACAAAAGCAUAUUUCACAAAUGGAUUGUGUCUUCGUUGUUUUAUGAUAUUAUCGAUUUUCUUCGGUAUUUUUCGAGGGCAAAGCAUUACGAAGAGCUUGUUCACGAAUCGUUUUCGAUAUAUUUAAGAAAUUUGAGGUACAUCGAUUUUCCUGAUCACUAUUUACCCAUCAUUAAUACUAUCGCCAGUGUCGGAAACGUUUAUCAACAAGUAGAUAAUAUUUCAUUGCGUAUACUGUUGGAACAAAAUUUAAUAGAAAAUGGUGCUUUUCUUUUAUUAGAUAGUUUUAAUCCGAAAGAAAAUUCUGCAGACUAUUAUCUUAACAAGUUAGAUCACAUUUUCAAUAAAUUGUGGAAAGUCUUCAACGUAAAUCCUACAUUGGAUUGGAAAAUUGAACAGAGUUUUAAUUCAUCUUUACAAGAUAAAUUUGACAAAUAUCCAUUAUGGUUGACGAAGAAGUCCCCUGAGAUCUCAAAUAAAGUCAAACCAUGGAAAAACCAAAACAAUUUUCCUAAGAUUCCAAAAUUUUCAUCGUAAUCGUUAUGUUGGAAAACNAAUAGUUUUAAUCCGAAAGAAAAUUCUGCAGACUAUUAUCUUAACAAGUUAGAUCACAUUUUCAAUAAAUUGUGGAAAGUCUUCAACGUAAAUCCUACAUUGGAUUGGAAAAUUGAACAGAGUUUUAAUUCAUCUUUACAAGAUAAAUUUGACAAAUAUCCAUUAUGGUUGACGAAGAAGUCCCCUGAGAUCUCAAAUAAAGUUAAACCAUGGAAAAACCAAAACAAUUUUCCCAAGAUUCCAAAAUUUUUAUCGUAAUUGUUAUGUUGGAAAACUUUGAAAUAAUUUUCGUUUCAUUUAUUACAUUUCUUUUCUUAAAAAUGGAAAUAAAAUCAUAAAUACAUUGAUGUCAUUAGAAAUUAGUGUAUAAAACAUAUAUUAUUUAUAAUAAUAAAAAAACAUUUAUUUAAAAUUAAUAUUGUUAUCUUAAAUGGUUCUUAUUGUCGUUUUCCGGUCAUGCGUCGCUAUCUCUCAGUUAGCGUUUGACCGUAUAUGCUUACUUGUCACUUUGUCAUACCGUAACAUUCUAUUAGUUUAAAAGUCGCAUGGCUCUUAGAAGCACUUUACGAAUGGAUAAAUAUACGAAAUUAUAAGUAGAAUCUCC